AUGUCUGAGCCCGUACUUCAGCCCGGAGGCAUUGAGAAAGACUACCACACCGGCGUCCUGAACGAGAAGCUCGAGCAUGGCGGUCUCGGUCUCUCUGGCUCGGACGUUCUCUCGCACCACGUCGAAGCUUCGGCUGUGGACGAAGUGUACGCGCGCAAGGUGUAUGUGCUCAACAAGAUCAUCAACGAGCACAUCGGCAUGACCUGGUGGCACUAUGGCCUGUUCCUCGUGUGUGGUGUUGGCUGGUUCCUGGACAAUGCGUGGUUGCAGCUGGUCGCGAUCAUUCUCCCCCAGGUCAAGAACGAGUUCUUCCCCGGUAUCACAACGCACGAAGGCAUCGCGCAGCCGCGUUUCAUGACACUCUCUGUCUUUGCUGGUAUGCUCAUCGGCGCUGCGUUCUGGGGUGUGGCUGCAGACAUUGUCGGCCGCCGCUUUUCGUUCAACGCGACACUCCUCCUUGCGGCCAUCUUUGGAACGGCCUCGGGCGGCGCGACGUCCUUUACUGCGCUCGGUGGCCUGUUUGGUGCGCUGUGCUUUGGUCUCGGCGGUGCGCUGCCCGUCGACGGUAUGCUCCUGCUCGAGUUCCUGCCCGGUAACCGCCAGAACCUCCUUGCGGGCCUCUCGGUCUUCUGGUCGCUGGGCCAGCUGAUUGCGUCGCUGAUUGCGUGGGGUCUCGUGGUCAAGUUUAGCUGCGACCCCGAGGUCAUGGGCGACUGUCUGAUCAAAAACUCGCGUGGCUGGGUCGCUUCGAACGCCAGCUGGCGCUACCUGAUCUUUAUUAUCGGCGGCAUUACCUUCUUUUGCUUCUUUUUGCGUUUCAUCGUGUUCCGCAUCCCCGAGUCGCCCAAGUACUUCCUGGCGAAGGGCCGCGACGCGGAGGCGGUUGAUGCGAUGCACCGCUUUGCCAAGAUGUGCGGCCGUCCGCUGCCUGAGGACAUGCUCUCUGUGAGCAUUCUGCGCUCGGCCGCGGGCCAGGACGAGUACAUGGACUACAAGGAAGAGGUCGUGCGUUCCAAGCUCGGCUUUGUCGACAGCGCCAAAAUGUCCCUGCGCAACCUGCGCGAGGAUCUCGCGCGCAGCUCGAAAGGCAACACGCGCUCCGGCAUCAAGGCCCUGUUUGCGACGCGCCAGCUCGGCUACACGACCGCGAUGAUCUGGCUGCUGUGGGCUAUCAUCGGCCUGGCCUACCCCCUCUUUUCUUCGUUCAUUGUGCUGUACCUGGGUGACAGUGCGUCGGGCCCUGACUCGACGUACAUGACCUACCGCAACUACGCGAUUGUGUCGGUGUGUGGUGUGCCCGGCAGCAUUAUCGCCGCAUUCCUUGUCGAGAUUCCCCGCUCGGGCCGCCGCGGUGCGCUGAUGAUCAGCACGCUCCUUUCCGGUGUCUUCUUGUUCGGCUUCACGGGUGUGCACACGCCGAAUGGCUCGCUGGCCUUUAGCUGUCUCACGACCUUUUUCCAAAACAUCAUGUACGGUGUGCUGUACUGCUACACGCCCGAGUCCUUCCCUGCACCUUUGCGUGGUACGGCCGACGGUAUCAGCGCGUCGCUCAACCGCAUCACCGGCAUGGUCGCCGUGAUUGUCGCAAUCUACGGCUCGUCGGCAAACCCCUCGGCGCCCAUCUACAUUGCUGCGGCGCUCUUUAUUGUCGCUGCGCUGCUGAUGCUCACGCUGCGCGUGGAGACGUCGCACCGUACUGCACUCUAA